GCUUCAAUUGGUAAUCGAGAAGCUUGAGCAAUGGAGCGACGAUCCAGAGACGACAAGAAGCUGCCUUUAUGCAUCGCCGUGGUGGUUCUGGGCCUCGUUUCUUCCUCCUGCUGCAUCGCCGCCGAGUUCAGCAAAGUGAAGGUGGAGGACAUGAAGCUCGACGGAAACCUCUGUUCUCUGCCACGGAGCUGUGCAUUUGGGUUGGGUAUCGCCGCGCUCGUUUGCCUCUCCACUUCUCAGAUCAUCGGAACCACCAUGGCUCGUUCCAUCCGCAGAAAGGCAGCCGGCGGUCGAAUUGCUUCUGUUUCCCUGCUACUUCCUUCGUGGGCAGUGUACGGUGUGUCGUCUGUCCUGUUGGCAACUGCAUCGAGCAUGAACGGCGGGCAGCGAUACGGGUCGGGCUGGAUGAACGGCGACUGCUACAUAGUUCGCGACGGCGUUUAUGCUUGCUCCGCCGCCCUCGCUGUUUUCGUCAUGCUUCUCACGCUUGCCCUCGGCUUUGCGACGGCUGCGGCAGGAGACGAACCGAGGGCGGAUGGGGAAAGAUGCGGUCGGCAAUUGAAAGAACCCAGAGUCGUCGAUUCCGUGAACACUGGCAACGAGCAACCCAUGACUGAAGCUCAUUCAUGCGUUGAUCGAGACAAAUUAAUUAAGACCAUAUAGCAUAUUUUUGUGAAUAUCAACGGUUGGAUAAU